AUGCCGGUCCCCGCGAUCCCCAAGACCUCUUUGGCCACUACAGUUCCCUCUUCAGCCGUGCUCACGCACUCCAGCUCUUCGUGGGGCCACAUCAACAGCACCUUCACCUACCUGCCUCCUCGUCAGUCAGCAAGGCAGCUCGCCGCGGAUGGAGCCGGGAAUGCGACGUCCAGCGCCUUCUCGGGCGCCUCUUUGAGAGAUCAGAUCACUGUUCAAGCAGUGGGUACCGAGAUCAUCAUUAGGAAUGGCAGAUUCGAGGUGGAGCAGUGCAUUGCUUUUCCUCAGCCCCUAGCGCACACGGCUAGCUCGAGCACUCGUACGGUGGAACAGAGCAUACAGGCUGUAUGCGCUGGCGACGUGGAAGGAGCGCUCGUGGUGAGUGUUGAUGAGGUGGAUAGGGACAAGCACACCAGCUGAAUCUGGACAAUGGAUCGCAGAUUACCGCUUGCUGCGGUCGCCGCAUCGCAGCGUGGAGGAGGAGCUCAUCGGGCAUUUGGAAGUUGCACAGCCAGCUCGACGUCGAUGAGCGGGAUGGACGCGUGACUUCGCUAGACCUUCGAUCAGGUGUGUGUCCUUAGCAGUGCACCCGCGGCUGCUUCCACCUUUCGAGUCGCCGACUGACUACGAUCGCACACCAUGCGACCCAGGCGACAUUCUCGUCGGCUGCGAGAGUAGCGUCAGCAUCUGGCGAUACAUUCCACUCAGCUCGCCAAGUCCAUGGCAGAGAGUCUGGCGCAAGCGGUGAGCGAGCGAGCCGUGCGCGUGAAUGCGUGUGUGUGGGUGUGGCGGUCGCUGACCACACACACCACCAAUCCGAUGCGCAGCUGCCCAUCGUCCAUUGUCGCCGCUUCUUGGUCCCCUUUAGGCACCAAGCUUGCCGCGUACGCACAAGACGAUGACAGGGUCUUGAUCUGGGCACAUCGAGCAGGCACAGCAGCCAAGCCAAAGCUGGUCGACACUGUGCACCAUUCUAGACCAGUCAAGUCCAUGACCUGGAGAGCUCCCUCUGAGAGCACCGAGUGAGUCGAUGUGCCUUGUGUGCUCGUCUUCACCAUCACUCACCCAACCACACUUUGCCUGUGUGCUCGUCUUCGCCAUCACUCACCCAACCACACCUUCCCAACCACCAGCCAAUCGGAAGCGCUCGUCACCACCACGAGCGAUGGCUGCAUCAGGUUCUGGGUGCCAGUCAUCGAUGAGCCCAACAAGCACAGGCUGUGGAGCAGCAUUUCACCCUCCCUCUUCUCACACCACCCCCCUCACUACCUUCAGUCAGCCAAUGUUGGUAUCGCGCUGGACCGGGUCCUUGCACUGCAUGCGAAAGAAAACCAGCUGCUGGAAGUCGGGCUCAAGGAGAGCAACCCGAAAGUCGAAGAGUGGGCUGCAGGAAACGUCAAGAGACUGGACAGCGUUAGAGAGUGUCCCGAUCUGAUCCUCGCAUUCAAGGAUGGGUCGCUAGUGGUCCAGGCACUAGGAGUGAGUGGGUUGGGUGUCUCGCGUCAGUCAAGGUACUCACGAUUGCCACUCUCUUGGCAGAAUGUCGAUCGAGCUCCGCCAACGCUGUACACGCUCUACACUGUACUCUCGGUCGGUCUGGAUCUUGAAAUACCAAACACUGCUCUGGAUGUGCAUCUGAUCCCAACGAUGUCGACCUCGAGCGGAUCUGUGACGGAUCCGACGGCUGUCUUGCUCGUCGGCUCAAGCGUUUACGAUAUCAGUCCCGCCACUUUUUUUGAAGGAUUACCGGGAGGCUUCACAAGUCGUGCGCCUGACAAUGCCUCUGCAGAUCACCAGGAAAUCAUUCAGCAGCUCGUCGCCUCGGCCGACGGCAAAGCGCUGCUGAGUCGCACACGUUCUGGCUGCACCAGAUGGACAGCUUGCAGCCGAGGCGGCCAGAGCGGCCUGAAAGGUCGGCAUGCCCGGACAGGCUGCAUAGCGCUGAGCAAGAGGUUCGAGCUCUCUCACAAUGACAGGACCAGCAAGGCAACCCUUGUGGACUUGUCGACCAACGAGGUGACGCAUUACGAUCUGCCGGCAGAGCUGCGUGUUGCAAGUGCUGCAAUUCACAAAGAAAAGCCCGUAGCUCUUUUGCUCAGCGAGCAAGGACAGAUCUGCUUGCUCACAUGGCAGAGCGUCCAAGCGCAGUACUUGGCUGCACCCACCUCGAGCUCAAGCAGCACAGCGCACUUUUUUCCGGUGAGCUUUUCUGCAGAUGAAAUUUGCGUGGGAGCAAUCGACAAGCACGGACGGAUGCAGGGAUGGAAACUCAGCCUGACGGACAAGGGUCCUUGGAAGCGCAAUUUCGAGAUCGCGACCGGCCUUGCCAGUCAUGAUUUGGUUCGAGCGUCCAACGACGGGCGCCUCAUCGCCAUUGGUACGUGUGCAGAGGUCCCGAAUCUUUUCGCGACUGGGCUGAUGUGGACGCCCCACCAUACCCGUACCAGUAACGAGUGAGGGGAGUGAGAAAAGUCAAUUAUCUAUCUGGAACGUCGACUCUGCCCCCUUCUCCUCCGGGCUCGAGUACCUGAGUGACUGGGAGUGAGUGCGGCUGCAUGAUGUGAAGCAGGGCGCCGCUCGUACUGACUGGACCAAGCGCGCUUGUGCGUCUCUCGCAGGUCUCAAAUUGUCGCGCUCGAUUGGUCUGAUAGCACUCACGGCGCAACGAAGAUUCUAGCACUUGCCACCGCCAGCAAGAUAACUCUCCUGGCCCCGUCGCACGUUCAUCCACUGCACCACGCUUCGACACCGUGGGACGUUCUGGCGAGUGUGGACUGUUCACGGUGAGCCACACCAUUCUGUUAGACCUCCGAUUUACCGCGUGCUAAAGUUGACUCGGGCCUUGCACGGCGAAGCUUCUUUGCUCUUCCCAUUCACAGCAUUUGCUUCCUUGGACACCAAAUCGUUGUGGCUAGCGGUGCCAAUUUGCACGUCUUUGGUCCUCAACUGGAUGUUGCUGCUUCCAAGACCCAGCACCGCGACGCUGAAAGCGAUGUGAAGCGUGAACACGUCGCCAUCGAAGCUGCCAACAAAUCUGGCCCGCUGGCAACGCUUCAUCCAGACUUUUUGCUGCAAGCUUUGCUUCUUGGUGAGCGUCUGGGCUGCUGCGUGUCGGGGCAGGUCGAAGUGGCUAAUUUGCGCAAUUGAUCCACUGUUGGGCAGGAAAAAUGGAGCUUGCCGAAAACAUCAUCGUUGACCUCGUGAAAGAUCUGCGUUCUGAUCGUAUCCCAAGAUUGAGGCUGUUGCAAGACGACUACGAAAAGCUUUAUACUGGGUGCGUUGGUGCGCAGAAGCAGAGUGGACGCAGGGCGCAGGCUCCCCUCUUUGACUCGGAGUUCAAUGGCGCGUGAGUAGAUGUGCCCCACCUCCAAGUUCAAGUCUUUUGCGGUAGCUGAUGCGCACUUUUGGACGCCAGCGAUACCUUCUCGCCCGUCAUGGCGGAAGAACUCGUAAAGAUGCUCGAAGCAAGAGAUGCUGUAGUGCUCACCUCCGGGCAACAACAGUCUUUGAUCCACAUUGUCCAGACACUUGGCGAGGUAAGCGUCUUUACGCGUCCUUAGCAGCUGGCAUGACAUUGACUCGCGCCUCUUCGUGUCUAGCUCGCGGGACACAAGCAGGCCUUAGAUUUGAUGGGCAAAAUCUAUCUUGCAGCACUACUACACCGUCAUAGGUCUCUCUCUUCCGUCGCAGAGAGCACGCUCGCACCGGACGAAGUCCUAUUCGCGUAUCACAGCGCUUCUCAAGAAGUGCUGCAAUCUCGAAUCACCGCGCUGCACAAAGACCAGUUCACGUGGCAGGCAGCACAAUCGAGCGGCGUCUUUCUCUGGUUGCGCGACCGCGUAGCGUUGAAUGCGAUAGCUGAGCAAGUAGCACGCGCCCAAUUCAACAGCGGAACGGAGAGAGAUCCGGUCAAGUGCAGCUUGUUCUACUUUGCUUUGGGCAAGAGGAAAUUGGUGCAGGGCCUCUGGCGACAGGCCGCUUGGCAUCCAGAACAAAGAAAAAUGCUGGCUUUCUUGAACAAUGACUUUGAGCUAGAGAGGUGGAGGACGGCCGCUUGCAAGAAUGCCUUUGCGCUACUCAGCCAAAGGAGAUUUGGUGAGUUGGGCGGCGACUGACGUGAGGUGCACCUAGUUCCUUCCUGACCAAACAGUGCCACCCUCGACAAACGUGCAGAGUUUGCCGCCUCAUUCUUCAUGCUUGGCGAUAGUCUUCAAGAUGCGGUCAAUGUAUGCGUGCGCAACCUUGGCGAUCUGCAUCUAGCUCUGGCGCUCGCAAAGAUUCGUGAAGGAAGCGAUCAGGGACUCGUAUUCACCCAGCUUCUGAGAAAGCACGUUCUACCAUUAGCAUUCAAUGAGGGCUCCAAAGCUUUGGCCAGUUGGGCGCUGUGGGUUCUAAAGUCGCGCGAAUUAGCUAUGCGCGCCUUGGUAGUGAGUGUGUCAUGCGAGCUGCGGUGAGCGUGUUGCUGACCGAAGGCCCCGAUGGCCCUCAGCGUCCAUUGCAAUCGAUCGUCGAUGAGGCAGGUCUGCCCUCAGGAAGCAACGUCGCGCGGAUGACAGCAGAAUCCCCAGCUCUGGGCCUUCUGUUUGCAGAGCUGCGCGUCUCGUCGUCCGCUGAGCAGCUCGGCGACCCGAUGGGAUACGUAAGACACCUGCGCUACCUCUUAGAGCGCCGAGGUGAGUACAUGCACGCGCGCGUGGCUAGUGUGUGCGCCCAUCAUGUUACUCACGUCUUGCGCUGUUUGCGUGCCAGGCUGCCACGCACUCGGUCUGGCGCUUUUGAGAGAGUGGAAGUUUGCCGCGCAAAAGCCAUUGCCGACUGCGUCAAUCGAGCCAGGUCCCGUGCAAGACGUUGGCGAAGGUUUGUUAGCUGCACUGCAGCUGGCUGAUACUCCUGUCAAGCGUGGUUUAGAGACCGUCACUCCUGCAGUCAAGGCAUCCGCAAUCUCGCCAACGGCGUCAGGGCUGCAGCAAGAGCGACGAGCUACAUCGCUGUUCGACGUGCAACCGCCGGUCGCUCAAAUCUCGUCGAGCGCGAUGCGAGCAUCAAGUAGCUUCGCAGCGGCCAAGGAUGCAUCUUUGACAAGGGAUGCCGCCUUGACUCCCGAGACCCCACCAGAGACCAAAGCGAAAGUAAAAGAGAAAGAGAAGGUGGCUUCCUUGAUGAAGGCUUCGUCCGCCGCUUCCCAACAGCAAGGAGCUCAGGACUUUAGCUUUGACUCGUUCGGAUUUUGA